AAACAGUAUUUGAUGCCUAGUUAAUAAUUUGCAUCCUCAUUUGUUCCUGCAUCCUUGGAGACUGACAUUUCUCCCCCCUAAAGGCACAGAAAACAAAAGGAAUCGUUUUGAGAGCAAAACUCAAGUCCUUACACUGCAAAGAUGUUUGCCAGAGUGUCUAAGCUCCAGGUUCUGCUGUUAAUGGUUCUGGUGGGAAGGACCACCUUCGGGUUCUCCUUGUUGUCUUUUCUCGAAGAUCUGGACCCAGAUUGGACUCCCAACUACUAUGAGAACAGCCCUGAAUAUUACGACGAGGAAGAGAAUACCAACAGCACAUCUGCCUACUCUGACAACCCCGACUGGUACUACGAGGAGGACGAUGCGUGCCAACCCAACCCCUGUGAACAUGGUGGGGACUGCCUCACUGAUGGGACCACCUUCACAUGCAGCUGCCCAGCCCCUUUCUCUGGGAACAAGUGUCAGAAAGUGCAAAACAAGUGCAAGAACAACCCAUGUGGCCGGGGCCAAUGUCUCAUUACCCAGAGUCCUCCUCACCACCGCUGUGUCUGUAAAUAUCCUUACACAGGUCAACACUGUUCUAAAGUGGCUCCUGUGUGCAGGCCAAACCCCUGCAAGAACGGUGGCACCUGCUCCCGGAAUAAGCGGAGAUCCAAGUUCUCCUGUACCUGUCCUGACCACUUCAGGGGCAAAUUCUGCGAAAUAGGUCCUGAUGACUGCUACGUUGGUGAUGGCUACUCUUACCGAGGGCAAGUGAGUAGGACAGUCAACCAGCACUCGUGCCUUUACUGGAACUCCCACCUCCUCUUGCAGGAGAAUUACAACAUGUUCAUGGAGGAUGCUGAGGACCAUGGCAUUGGGGAGCACAACUUCUGCAGAAACCCAGAUGGAGACAAAAAGCCUUGGUGCUUCAUUAAAGUUGGCAAUGACAAGGUGAAAUGGGAGUACUGUGAAGUCUUGGCCUGCUCAGCCCAAGACCUCACGUACCAACAGGAAAACCCGACUGAGCCCUCAGGGUUUGAGUCCUGCGGGAGGACUGAGAUAGCAGAGCGGAAGAUCAAGAGGAUCUAUGGAGGCUUUAAGAGCACGGCGGGCAAGCACCCAUGGCAGGCGUCCAUCCAGACCUCUCUGCCUCUGACUGUCUCCAUGCCCCAGGGCCACUUCUGCGGGGGAUCACUGAUACACCCUUGCUGGGUGCUCACUGCCGCCCACUGCACUGACAUAAAAGCUAAACAUCUGAAAGUGGUGCUAGGGGACCAGGACCUGAAGAAGACAGAAUUCCAUGAGCAGAGCUUUGGGGUAGAGAAGAUAUUCAAGUACAGCCACUACAAUGAACGGGACGAGAUUCCCCACAAUGACAUUGCUUUGCUCAAGUUAAAGCCAGUGGAUGGCCACUGUGCUCUGGAAUCCAAAUAUGUGAAGACCGUGUGCCUCCCCGACGCUCCCUUUCCCUCUGGGACCGAAUGCCACAUCUCUGGCUGGGGAGUUACAGAAACAGGGGAGGGGUCCCGCCAACUCCUGGACGCCAAAGUCAAGCUGAUUGCCAACACUCUGUGCAACUCCCGCCGACUCUACGACCACAUGAUCGAUGACAGCAUGAUUUGUGCAGGAAACCUGCAGAAACCUGGGCAAGACACCUGCCAGGGUGACUCCGGAGGCCCUCUGACCUGCGAGAAGGACGGCACCUACUAUGUCUACGGCAUAGUGAGCUGGGGUCUGGAAUGCGGGAAGAAGCCGGGGGUCUAUACGCAAGUUACCAAGUUCCUGAAUUGGAUCAAAGCCACCAUCCAAAGGGAGGCUGGCUUCUAAGGUCCCGUCUUCUGAACUCAGAGCCCCUCCUCCUCAGUGCCGGGGCCAAGGGAGGCCUCCUAGGCAGCGACAGACACCCCCAGGAGCGUCCACGCACUAAACAGAGACAGCUGCUGCCUGGCAGGCCCUCCUGGCUCAGCACCUGCCCCCUCUCCUCAGGCUCUUUCUGCCUUCCCGAGUAACCCGAGAAUAAUGGAAUGCACACAAAAUAUAUAUUAUGUCUGUUUCCCUCAAACAAUUGCACCCUCUCGAAAAUCAGUGUUCACAGAGACUGCCCCCACCUGGGACAUUUGCAAAUGUGGAUUACAGAAUGCCCAGCGCCGGUGGGAGUCGGUCACCUUCACGCUUUGAUUCCUCAUCCCAGACACUAGAGCUCCUCAACUGACCCAGCCGACCAUGUCUAGGUAUCAGGGAGAGGAACAGAAAUACAACAUUCUCCAUUUGCUUUCA